UAUACAUUUCUGACGAAACUCGCUCAACUGUUUGCUCUGUAAUUUAAAAUAUUUUUUUUACGGUCCAAAUUUGCCCAGUUUAACGCGUUAAAUAUAUCGAUAUGAGUCGCAAGGUGGCGGAUAAGCAUAUACAUCGUGUUAGCCACUUUCGCACGCGCGAUGAGCUGCUGAGAUCGUUGCCGCAGGUGGAGAAGCUGCAGGGCAUCUUCAAUCUGUUUGCGGCAUCGGGCACAGCGGGCUCCAUGGAGAGCAGCAACAUCUGUGACUGCCUGCGCGCCAUGGGCCUGCUGUUCCAGCAGUCGCGUCUGCACAACAGCAUGUCGCAGCGUCUUAAGAAGUUCCCGCAGGGCAAGACGCCGCGACGGGUCAGCUUCGAGCUGCUGCUAACGCUCUACUGUGAGCUGGCGGAUCAGUCUGAUGUCCCGACGGCCGCGACGAUGAUUGAUGGCCUGCGCUGCUGCGAUGUGGAGGGCAGGGGUGUGCUGCCCUAUACCCAGCUGCGAAAUAUACUUACCACAGUGGGCGACUGCCUCAACGAGGAGGAAGUCUACGAUCUGCUCUUUGACCUCACGGACAGCAACGGUAACGUCAACUAUGUGACGCUGAUGGAGUCGCUGCUAACGCGCGACGGCGACGCCCACGCCAAGGUGCAUCAGGCGCGCAUCUAUCUGGAGGCCCUGGGCAACAACUGCUGCCACAUGGAUAUGCAAAAGCGUGACGACUUCAUCAAAACGCUACGUGAGCUCGAUGUGGCCAAGACGGGCUUCAUCGGCGGUGAUCGACUGCUGGCUCUGCUCAACGGCAGCGGCGAUGCCUUUACGUCCACCGAGCUGACGGCGCUCACCAGCGGCAUGCUCAACCCGGACCGCCAGGUGGACUAUCGCAAGUUUCUGCGCCUCAUCAUGAAUGAUUAACGUUAGUUGCGUGACGUGACGUUUGCGUGCCUUUCCAAUUCAAAAAAAAUAUUAUUUAAAAUUUAAAAAAUCUAUUUAAAAUAAGAAAAUUCAAAUUAAUAUGCGCAAGUGAAACAACUCCAAUGCUAUCGAUAUAUUAACAUAAGCUGUGAUUUUAUGUAAUGCGAUUAAUCGGUAGUUUUAGCUUUGAGUACUGCGGUUCGCAGCCCAGCAGCGGCAAGGUAAUUUCAAAAGCUAUUAAAUCACUUAAACAAA